AUGAGCCCAUCGAGUAAUAAAAAAGAAAAUGUUGAAGAAAAUGAUAGUACAUUCACUCCAAGGAAGAUUAGUCUUUUUGGAGCAUACUCCAAAGUCUUUAAAGUCAUGUUGGCGAGCUGGAAGGACUCUGUUGAACAUGCAGACGAAGAAUUACGAUCUAAAGAGCUCGACGAACUUAUUUUACCAAGUAAUGAAGAAUGGAGGCAUCAAGUUUAUUACCGACUAGUUGAUUUGCAGAGAGAAUUUGAUGCUGAAGCUGUAGAACGAGAUAAUUCAAAAAUUAAUAUAAAACUAGAUGAUACUAAGAUAUUAUCAUUAGAAGAUGAAAUUCCUUGGGAAUGGGAACCAAUUGCAAAUGAUAGAGGAGUUGAAGGAGAAAUUGUAGACGAAAAAGUUGAUAAAAAUAUUUUUGUACCAUCAAUGCAUACUGAAAGUUCAAAAAAUUCAAUAACUGAAUCGUAUGUCGAACCUGGUUGGAGAUUAGAUGACAUAAUUUUAGCAGCUAAGGUCUUACAAGGGGAAACAUUGCCACUGAAGACAGAUUAUGCUGAUGAAGCUGAAAUGCGUCGAGUUUUUGGUCUCGUUUAUGACGUUUUAAGAUAUAAACAAAUUUUAAAUCAAACUCUUAAUGAUGCUGGAUUUUGGAAUCGAUAUCCGCAACUAAGAGAUCGAGAAAGAAAUGUUUGGUUACUUUUGUAUGAUAUGUUAGGAAAAAAAUUCACUAACCCUGUUCAUGUAUCAGUGACAGAAAUUAGGAGGAAAAUGUUUCAAGCUGCGGCAUUGUUUGAUAUUGAAGAAGCUUUGAUUAAAAUGAAAACCAAACUCGCUGCAAGUGUUUCUAGACUUCGAAUUGGCGGAGCAGCUUUUACUUUAGACAACUUAUUACCAGUACAUUUGAGAAAUGAAGGAAUAAACUGGACAUAUGAACAAGCAAUAGCAACAGGAUGGGUAAAUACGAUAAAAAUACCAAAAAAAUCUGAUUUUAUUGAGGAGAUGUCCAAGCUUGGACUUGAAAUAUCUUUUAAUUGGAAAAAGUUACAAGAAAAUAAUUAUGCUUUUGAUCCUGUGUGUCCAAAAAUAAUUUUACUUCAUGAAAAACUAAGAGAACAACUUGCCAAGUCAGAGUUGGUCCAAAAACAUAAGUUUGUUUUUUUGGAAAGAUCAUUGUGUCUUGGGGCAGCAGCUUUAACUAAAGCAAUUCGUGUUGGUCAUCUCUGUGGCCCUGUGGUUUUAACUCACACAAUAGCACCUCGUCAUAUUGGUUAUCUUGCAGGGUUACUCAUAGAUAUUGAAGAAGCUGGGAGACUUUUAGCUUUUGGAGCAGAAUCACGGAAACAAGAAUACGAAGCUUAUCUUAAAGACUUAGGAAUUACUGAUAAGCAAUGUAAAAUUUUUUCUGAAAGUUAUAUUCAAGCUCCAAGGUUUGAAGAGUUAGAACGAGCAACAGUUGUUUUAGCAACACCACCUUGUUCUUAUACUGGACUAAGGAAUAUUGUUGAUUUAAUAGUGGCAAGAGGUGGAGAUACAGUGUUAUUAGAAUCUUUAACAAAUUUAGAUGAUCGAUCACAAUUAGAACGCCCACGAGAGCUUUUAGCUGGCCAAAUGACAUGUCUAAAAUAUGCUUUAACGAGACCAAAUGUUCAAUUACUUAUUUAUGAAGCUCAUAGUACUUUACCUUCUGAAACUGUAGAAAUGCUUCAUCAAGUUGUUGAAUAUGCAAAUAAAAUGGCAGUUGAUAAAUAUAACAGAGAAAAUAUGCCAAAAAAAAAAUCGCCCGGAAAAGAAACUAGUCCAAAGAGUGGUAGAGGAUCAUCAAGAGCUGGAAAACGGUCAGGAUUAGAAUCUAGAGUUAAAAGUUCUGGAGAUGAGCAUGGAGAUAAUGAAGAAGAGAUAACAAAUGUUAACCAAGUUUCUGUACCUGAUAGUGAUUUAUUUGAGAUAGAAAGUAUUUUCGAUUUGGAUUCUAAAGUUUCCGAUGACAUUGAAGACUCUAAAGACGUUAAAAAUAUUAAAAAACAGAAAAAAACUACGGAUGCUAUGAUAGAGGAUGGAUGCUAUCUUGGAGUUGUACGACGAAAAGAAAUGAUGCAAUUUAAUUCAUUAUUUAUGAUUAAAGUGGCUGAAUCUAAAGGUCUUUUUGGAGAUUUGAAUGCUAAGCCUAAUGAACCCAAACCACAAAUGAAAGAGGAGUCGACUCCAUCUAAAAAUGAGUUGUCUAUCGAAAAAAAAAAGAAAAAAAAGAAAAAAAGUAUUCAAUUAGAUCGAAUUUCUGCGCCUACACAUGCUUCGACGCUUAAAGUUGAAAAUAGGGCAGCUUCGAGGCAGUCAGUGGAUAAUAAUUACACUGAAGAAUCUUUAACACCACAUGUUAAACUCUCAUGUCCAAAAUAUAGCUCACGAGUAGCAAGAGAUGAAAAAUCUAGUGAUAUCCAAGUUCAAGAAACUCGGCGACAAGAUCUUAGAAAAUGGUGGGAACAAUCUGCUAGCUUUUUAAUCCACGCCGCAAAAUGUGAAACCUGUAAAUUUCGUAUUUUUCAUACUGAUCCUUGGACAAAAAAAGUGUUAUAUGCUACAAAGAUCCAAAAAAUAAUAUUUCCUGAAUCUUACCAACAUUAA